UUCCUGUGAAAAGUCAGCUUCACCACAAACGAAUCAACGCCCCACCAAAAGCUGAGUUAGCUUGUGAGGGGAAACCUCGAUAAACGUUUGCUCACACACGACUACUUGGCAAAAAUGGAGGGUAAAGAGCCUCGUGAGCCCAACUUUAAAGAUGGAUUUGAGAGGCUUGUUUGUCAAGAAGACUUGGAAGAUGAAGAACAUCAAAAUUACCACCAGGCCAAUAGAAUAAAUCUACAAGUGCUCACCUUCAGCAUGGGGAGAUGCAGGACACUGGCCUCUGUGAGCAUGAUGGUUCUGGCUGCCGCUCUGCUGAUAGCUGACAUCGCCCUGGCUGACCAGUACAAAAAACGUACAGAUGCUCAUCUUACAUCUGCUGAUGUCGAGCGUAUUGGUGAAGAGGUGGCCAAACUUCAGGGGGCUUACCACACUGCCGUGGAGUCAAUGAAGGGUGCACAAAAGCAGCUUAACAUCGAGAGGGACUCUCAGACAGAAACCAUCUUUGAGUUAGAUCACCAGAAAAAAAGAAGCAAAGACUACCAAGUUCAGAUUGGUCAACUUCAAUGGGAAGUUUCAACAAUGAGGUCCCACUUACCAAUAAUUAGUGAUGGCUGCAAAUAUUGCCCUGAAGGGUGGCUCUUCUUGAACUCCUAUUGUUACUUUUAUCCCUUUUCGGCCCGUUUUGGACUCAAAACGUGGCAACAAGCUAGAGAGUUCUGUCAAAUGUAUGGAGGAGAUCUUCUAGUGAUAGACAGCAAAGACAAAGAGAACUCAACUGUGAGGUUUUUGAUGAAAAACAAAAACCCAUCAAGUUCAAGUGAUCAACCUUUCUGGUUUGGACUGAGAGGCUUGGAGGGGACUUGGAAGUGGUUGAAUGGAGCAGUCCUGACUGAAGGAUUCUGGAUGCAAGGACAACCAAAUAACCAAAAUAAUAACGAAGACUGUGCUGCAGUUACGGCCAAGACAAACAUCUUCCAGGCUUGGAACGUCGCCAACUGUGAUUCACGACGUAAAUGGAUUUGUGAAAAAGUAUCAUCCACUCAGACUGAACCUCUUUAAACGAGAAAUGAUCACAAACCUUUCUUAAAAUCAGUGUUUUUGUAAUCAAAUACGGAAAAAAGUACAGCAGUACAUAAAAACAAAGAAGGGAUAUUUUUCAAAAGUCUGCUGAACAUCCAUUACAUAGUGCCUAG